GCAAGUCAUAUGAACUCUUAUUACAGACUGAGGGAUGAGGAGGAGCAUAGGAGAAAGGAGAGAGAACUUCUAGUUGGACAACAUGGGAGAUGUGCUGUGUGCAAGCGCUCCCGGACCGGGAUGCUGCGGUUGCUGCUCAGAGGGAAGGGGCUCCCAACGUAACCCCGGCCUCCAGCACGUGGAAGCGGCGCCUGCAGUAGAGCAGAGACCAGGCAUUCCAUUUGGAGCUGCCACAUCCUAUGUAUACCUGGAGAAAUUAUGCGAAGGCUCCUAUGCAACUGUUUACAAGGGGAUCAGCAGGAUCAACCGCCAGUUGGUGGCAUUGAAAGUUUUCAGCCUGGAGGUGGAGGAGGGACUGCCCUUUACAGCCAUCCGGGAAGGUUCUCUUCUCAGGUGUUUGAAACAUGCCAACAUUGUACUCCUUCAUGACAUUAUCCAGACCAAGGAGACACUAACGUUUGUCUUUGAAUACAUGCACACAGAUCUGGCUCAGUACAUGGCCCAGCAUCCUGGAGGACUUCAGUCUCACAAUGUUAUGCUGUUCAUGUUCCAGCUCCUGCGAGGCCUGGCUUACAUCCACCGACAACACAUUCUUCACCGUGAUCUGAAACCCCAGAACUUGCUCAUCAGUUGCCUUGGCGAGCUCAAAUUAGCCGACUUUGGCCUUGCUCGUGCCAAGUCCAUCCCCAGUCAAACAUACUCCUCUGAAGUGGUGACACUCUGGUAUCGUCCUCCUGAUGUGCUGCUUGGAGCUACCGAAUAUUCUUCUGAUCUAGAUAUCUGGAGUGCAGGCUGCGUAUUUGUUGAAAUGGUCCAGGGCCAACCAAUAUUUGCAGGAACUUCUGGUGCUCUCGAACAACUGGAGAAGAUCUGGGCGGUAUUGGGGGUCCCAAAUGAGGACACCUGGCCAGGACUUUCCAAGCUCCCCAACUAUAAGCCAGAAUUGGUUGUUUCCAGGAGACCUCAGAGACUCCGAAUGAUCUAUGACAGGCUGAGCAGGGUGCCAGCAGCGGAGGAUUUGGCCUCCAGAAUGCUGACAGCCUUCCCUCGGGGGCGCAUCUCUGCGCAAGACGCGCUUGUUCAUCCCUUCUUCAGCCCUCUGCCUCCACAGCUACAUCAGGUUCCUGCAGGACAGUCAGUGCUCACAGUCCCAGCAGUGAGGUUGCAACCUGAAAUCUGUGACCUGUUUGCUUCUUACCAGAAAGGCCAUCUCUCAAGAAGUUCAAGCAAGUUUUGGUAGAAACCAGGAACGGUCGAGUGCCUCUUUGAAAGCAGUGUCAGAAAGAUUGACUUGGCAAUGAAGAUGUAACAGCACAGACUGGACGUUGGUCCUGCAGAAUAAACUCAGCCAUGUGUCACUUAAUAGAGAGAUCCCUGGACCAGAAGAUCGAUGUACAAACAGGACAGAUGGGGAGUGACAAUUGAAAGAAUGUAGAGGCUGAUCCAAGGCUUACAGAGAACUGUCAUUCCUGGGGUUUGCCUACAAUCUCCUUCAACAAAAGAGCUCCUGAGGGAAGGAGGGGAUUAGUGAAAAGUUGAGUGAAGUCUCCAGGGAAGAUGGUUUCUUGGAUAAAGUUGUCAACAGGAAUUGUUUAAGACUAUUUGUUAUAAUUUCCUAGAGGGAGCUUCUGCCAUUACUAACAGGAUUACCAGCAUACUGGUUCCACACCAGCAGAGCAUUAGACAUGUGCAUUGCAGACUGGCUGCUUAGAGCUGAAUUCAGAGGUCUUCUUAUCCUGGGUCCCAAAUGCGUGCAGGUGUUGAUGAGCAGAGGGGAGAUGGAAAAGAAUUAAGAUGAACCAAACACAGGCCAUUUUUGGUCCAGCUGUUGCAGAGAGCACUGGCACACUGAGUUACCAGGGUGUUUUAAUCCCCUUGAUCUCAGGGCUGCUGACAGGCUAUGAGAAGGAAAACUAGUCUGAGGUGAGUGCUGAUCAGGAUACAUGGACAAGUCACUGAGAGCUUUUUUCCCAGCUACAAGUACUCUGAAAUUUCUCACAGGAUUCUUCCUGUAAAAAUAUGGAAGUAGUAAUAUAAUAAUAAUAUAAUAAUAAGCAAGUACUCACUG